AUGGACUCCACUUAUCCUCUCGUCCCCGUAGUGAACUUCAUUGCGUUCUUCCUCGCCUUCCUUGUGAUGGUGACGAGCCACCUCCGGCAGUCAUGGCGUCUAGGUGUUUGCGUCUUCUCGGCCUGGAUAUCUAUACUGGCAUUGGCGACUGGCAUCGAGACCAUACUCUGGAGAGACAGCGCAGAUACGACGUUGGCGCCGGCACUGUGCGACUUGGUCACGCGUAUACAAGUUGGCACAUUAUGGUCCCAACCCGCUUGUGCUCUCAUCAUCAUUCGUUGCUUAUAUAGGACUGUACGCUACCGGGCAAUAGACUCCGGCAAUACAGGGGAGCGUCGACGUGAAUUGAUGCUCAACUUGUUUCUCCUCAUCGGAUUGCCAUCCUUGUCUAUGGCACUAUACUAUGUCGUACAGAACUCUCGGUUCCAGGUUAUCGAGCAACUCGGAUGCGGGUUCGCUUUACCGUCGACGGGAAUGACUAUAGUCUUGAUAAACGGGAUCCCGCUGGUAUUCUUUGCCAUUUCUGCUUCGUACAUGGCUGCCACGAUCGCUGUCCUGUGGAAGCACAAGCGCAACAUGGAUCGUCUCUUCGGAGGCCAGAUCGCCAUCCCGCGCUCGCUUUACGUGCGAAUCUUCACGCUCGGAGUGAUCCUAUUGAUGACUUCCGCUCUGGCCUUCGUGAACUGCUUUCCGGCCCCAACCGAGUUCUAUGCCGGUUGGUCUGCCGUGCAUGGCAAUUGGACCCCCGUGGCAGUGACAGCAUCUGAGUGGCAAGCUCAAGGCACUUUCGUGAUUUUCACCGUGAUUUGGAAUGAGUGGAUCAACGUCUGGCUCGCAGUGGCCCUAUUCGGUCUCUUCGGUCUCACGCGCGACACGAGGGCGAUGUAUGUGCAGGCCAUCAAGGCAGUCAUCAGCUUGCCCAGAAGGACGUUGCAGUCGUUGAAGCGGACUCAGUCUGGGGUACUGCCAGUCUCAUUACCCUCAUCCACGGAGAAGUCGAGUAUGAAAAGCAUAGCAGCCAUGAGGACCAUGGCGCCUUCUGCAUUGCGCUCACCAGCACCAUCACCGCUCAACAUACGCUCCGCUAAUACCGAUGGUCUCGCUAUUGAGGUCGCGAUAUCGGUAGAGUGUUGCUCAGACCGAGAGCUCGAGGAUUUGGCGGGUUCAGAACUGAAGGUAGCGAAGGAGGGUGCAGAAUGGAGCGAGGUGUGA